UGGGGGGCGGGCGCGCGGGCGGCGGCCGGGGCUAUGGCCGAGGGCGGCGGGGGCGCGCGGAGGAGGGCGCCGGCGCUGCUCGAGGCGGCCCGCGCGCGCUACGAGAGCCUGCACAUCUCCGACGACGUGUUCGGCGAGUCGGGCCCGGACAGCGGCGGGAACCCCUUCUACAGCACGUCUGCCGCCUCGCGCUCCUCCUCGGCCGCCUCCUCGGACGACGAACACGAGCGCCCCGGCCCCCCGCCGCCGCCCGGCGCCCCGGACGCGCAGGAGCCGGAGGAGGACGAGGCUGGCGCGGGCUGGAGUGCCACGCUGCGGGACCGCCCGCCCCCGCGCUUCGAGGACACCGGCGGUCCAACCCGAAAGAUGCCCCCCGGCGCCAGUGCCAUGGACUUCUUCCAGCUCUUCGUCCCGGACAACGUGCUCAAGAACAUGGUGGUGCAGACAAACAUGUAUGCCAAGAAGUUCCAGGAGCGCUUUGGCAGCGACGGCGCCUGGGCCGAGGUGACGCUGACAGAGAUGAAGGCGUUCCUGGGCUACAUGAUCUCCACCAGCAUCUCCCACUGCGAGUCGGUCCUCAGCAUCUGGAGCGGAGGCUUCUACAGCAACCGGAGCCUCGCCCUUGUCAUGAGCCAGGCCCGCUUCGAGAAGAUCCUCAAGUACUUCCACGUGGUGGCCUUCCGCUCCAGCCAGACCACGCACGGCCUCUACAAGGUCCAGCCCUUCCUCGACUCCCUGCAGAACGGCUUCGACUCUGCCUUCAGGCCCUCCCAAACCCAGGUGCUACAUGAACCCCUGAUUGACGAGGACCCUGUGUUCAUUGCCACGUGCACGGAGAGGGAACUCCGAAAGAGGAAAAAGCGGAAAUUCAGCCUCUGGGUCAGGCAGUGUUCCUCCACUGGCUUCAUUAUCCAGAUUUACGUCCACCUGAAGGAAGGCGGGGGCCCCGAUGGGCUGGACGCACUGAAGAAUAAGCCCCAGCUGCACAGCAUGGUGGCCCGAAGCCUGUGCCGUAACGCAGCGGGCAAGAACUACAUCAUCUUCACGGGGCCCAGCAUCACCAGCCUGACCUUGUUUGAGGAGCUGGAAAAGCAAGACAUUUACUGCUGCGGCCUGCUCAGCUCCAGGAAGAGUGACUGCACCGGCCUGCCCCUGUCCAUGCUGACGAACCCGGCCACCCCCCCAGCCCGGGGCCAGCACCGCAUCAAGAUGAAGGGGAACAUGUCUCUGAUCUGCUGGUACAACAAAGGGCACUUCCGCUUCCUGACCAAUGCCUACUCGCCGGUGCAGCAAGGAGUGAUCAUCAAGAGGAAGAGUGGGGAGAUCCCCUGCCCCUUGGCCGUGGAGGCAUUUGCUGCGCACCUUAGCUACAUCUGCAAAUACGAUGACAAGUACAGCAAGUAUUUCAUUUCUCAUAAACCGAACAAGACCUGGCAGCAGGUGUUCUGGUUCGCCGUCAGCAUCGCCAUCAACAACGCCUACAUCCUCUACAAGAUGUCCGAUGCCUACCACGUGAAGAGGUACAGCCGGGCGCAAUUUGGCGAGAGACUGGUGAGGGAGCUGCUGGGCCUGGAGGAGGCCUCACCAGCCCACUGAUGCCACCGCGGCCAGGCUUAGAAGAGCACGUCCUCCCUCCAGAAGCUGCCCACCCGGUGCCGGGAUGGGCGCCGCACCCAGACUCUACAUGCGGGCCCGGGCGCUGUCGGUGGCCUUUGCCCAGUGGGGCACCGCAUCCUCGGGACACCCAUGGAGCUCACCUCAGCACGGGGGACCCGGGAAGGCUGUCGCCACCAGAGGCACCGGGGAUGGGAUGUGCCGUAGUGUGUUCCGCUAGAAGGGCCUGCUCUGUGAGGGUGUAAAGACGUGUGUGACCGGGUUCCACCUCGUGCCGUGUCUGCAGGUGACCAGAAGCGAGCAGGUCAUGCUAAGGCGGUCGGGCGUGUGCAGGAGACUGGAGCGUUCUCUGGCACUUGCCCCGUGCAAGCCGCUUAGAACGGGUCUCCUAGAACAAGAAACAAACUGGGUGCCGUGAAAAUGCAGGGAUGAAAUGGGGGGAGCGGUUGCCAAUUCUGAUUAAUAAAUGAGGCGUCCCUACUCAUUUCAUUUCUCUGGCUGGUGGCCCGGGGCGGGGGGUGGGGGGAAAGGGGAAAUGCCAACAGAACCGCAGUGAUGUGUGAUGCUAUUUUUUAUUUUUAAAUAUAUCUUCAGGUUAUUUUCUUACUGUUGCUUAAGAUCUUCUGUAAAAGGAAAAUAUCCCCCUUCUUUACCGCCCCCUCCCCCACCCCAGCCGUGACUCCUUGCAUGAGCACAGUUCGGCAUUCCAGGCCCUGUGACUGUACCGGGCUGGAGGGGGCAGCUGGCUUCCAGAACGGACGUGGUUCCAUUCCAUUGAGGAUCCUGGGGAGGGGGGGGGGGGUCUGUGGGCCUUAUGCUUUGUCACAGACAUUGCCAUUGGUAGAAUUCCUUGUUUCGAAAACGUGUAGUAUUGCUGAAGCAAACAACAAAAGGUCUGGGGAGGACGCUUGCUCCGCCCCACCCCCCGCCGCCCCGGCCCCGUGUGCAGUGACCUGGCGGUGUCCACCCUCGGGGCCCUGUGGCCAGCACACCCGAGCCCUGCGAUGGGCCGGGGCCCCCAGCUCCGUCGGGUGUGAUGUCCCGCAGGGUCGGGGGCUCGCGCGCCCGGGGACUGAGAGCUGCACACCCAGCAGCCAGCAGCAAGGGCUCCGCUGACUUCCCACAGCAUCCGGGGCUCCUUGGGAGUGUCUCCGGGGGAGGCCUGAGCCCGGCUCGCCCACUGGUCUGACCAUCCCCCACAGCUGAGAAAGAGUGACUUCUGGAGUUACUCGACCCCCCCCGCACCCCAAUUUAUGUAGCCCCCUCAUUUUUUACAAAUGCAAAAUCUAUUCUACUCAGGCUUUGGGACUUUCUUCCUUGUUCACACUCAGUUGAUUCCAGGUGUUGCCGGCAGCAUGCUCCUCAGCUCCAUGUCAUUUCCGUACCCUAGGUUCAUGAGGAUCCCCCUCGCCCUGUGGUUUGAAUUCGAUGCCACGGAUUGUAGGCCACAUUUUCAAUUGUGUUUCAGAACACCUUCGCCGUAUCCUUUAAUUGGAUUGAAAGCACUUUUACCACAUGGAGAAAUAUAUUUUUAAUUUGUGAUGCUUUUCUACGAGGUCCACUCUUUCUGAGUCUAAUGUGUUUCCAACACUUGGGGAGACUCUGAUGAAAGCUGAUGAAUUUUCUUUUCUGUCCAAAUAAGUAAAGGAAAAAAUAAAAGUCUAUUUAGAUGCUGA